AUGCACCCAGAUUCCAUACCAAGGUUGCUAUGUGACGGACAGCAACAGGAAAAGAAACAGAGGACGUCCAAAGGAGACAUGGAGAAUUCGAAGAUCUGUGGAGGCAGAGAUGAAGGACGCAGGUUGGACCUGACAGUUAUUCCUCUGCCCAGCCAGCUACUCCACUACCUACAUGUAGCCAGCUACUCCACCACUCUGCCACCUACUCCACCACUCUGUUAUCUACUCCACUACCCUGCCCGCUACUCCACUACCCCACUAGCUACUCCACCACCCCACCAGCUGCUCCACAACCCUACCAUCUACUCCACUACCCCACCAGCCAAUCCACAACCCCAUCAGCUAUUCCACAACCCCUUCAGCUAUUUCACAACCCCACCAGCUACCCCACCACCCUACCAGCUACAUCACCAGCCUACCAAAUACUCCACCACCCAACCAGCUACUCCACCGACCCAUCAGCUACUCCACCACACCACCAGCUAUUCAACCAAAUUACCAGCUACACCACCAUCCCACCAGCUACUUCACCACCCCACCAGCUGCUCCAGCCCCCACCAGCUACUCCACAAUCCCACCAUCUACACCACUACCCCACCAGCUACUCCACCACCCCACCAUCUACUCCACCACCCUACCAGUUACUCCACCGCCCCACCAGGUACUCCACCACCCCACCAUCUACUCAACCAUCCCAGCAUCUACUUCACCACCCUACCAGCUACUCCACCACCCCACCAGCAACCCCACCACCCUACCAGCUACUCCACCAUCCCAGCAGCUACCCCUACACCUCACCCGCUACCCAAUCGCUCUGCCUAA